AUGUCAAGUCAAUCACCCCUGAACCCUACAUUCAAGGGGCAUGUAGCUACCACAUGGGAUGCUCUCCUCCUCUUCGAAGCCUGCUUGCAGGGUCUAAUCAACCAUGUGCCCCGCCGCCCCCAUGAUCGUGAACGCCAAGAGCUUAUUUCGAGCGGCAACAUCUUCAUCUACGAAGAGCAUGCCUCCGGUAUAAAGCGUUGGACAGACGGCAUCUCUUGGAGCCCAAGCCGCAUCCUCGGCAACUUCCUCAUCUACCGCGAACUUGAUAAGCCGUUCCCCCCUGGAGAGAAGAAGCGUGCUCUCAAAAGAAAGAGGGGCUCUCAGGGCGUUAACAAGGCCAAUUCCCGAUCCAACUCGUCCGCCAUAGAUCCAAACACAAUCUCCCGGGAUCCAGAGAGGUCACUGGUUGGUUCUCUGGUGGACUCUUAUCUAUUCAAAGAGCGGGGCCUUGUCAAGAAAACCAUUAGCAUAACCUUCCAAGGUGUACCACAUCACCUUGUCAGCUACUACAGCAUAGAAGACGUUGACAACAAGGCUCUGAUAACCCCAAGCGAGUCUCCAUUCUUUCAGCAGGUCAAGCCUCGCUCAGAGCUUGUCAUGUCCCAGAACUUCCGCAACCCCGUGGAUGAAAUUGCCAUGUACACACAG